AUGGCCGGCACUAAGAAAGAAAAGACAGCUGAAGCUGGCAAGAGCGCUGCAAAGACAGCCAAAGAUGGACCCAAUCCCAGCAAGACGCUGUGCCGACCACCAACUAGAAACAUCGUUCGCUGGAAUGACGACCUGGAUAGAAAACUCCUCCUCUCAAUCCAGUCGGCAUGCAACAGACUUGGAGUUCGUGUCCCAUGGACUGAGGUCGCGAAUCUGAUGCAAAAUGGUAUCACAGACGGUGCAAUCGUGCAGCAUUUGGCAAAGCUACGCAUCCGAAUGGUUAACGCCGGUCUGGAUGUUCCACCACCACUCCGUCGAGGUGGAGCUACCUCACCCUUAAAGUCCGCUGCAGCCACUGAUACUCCUGAAACAUCUGCCACUGUUGCUUCUGGGAAAGGCAAUGCACGCAAGAAGGCAACGAAGCGGUCCUCAUAUGACUCUGGCGACGAAAGCUUUGAUGAGGGCAAAAAACCCAACAAAAAGGCGAAAACAAGUAAGGGAAAGUCCAAUGCAGGCAAGACAAAACGCAAACCGAAGCGUACCGCCCCUAAAUCGGAUGACGAUACGGAGGAUAGCGGUGUAGAUGGAUUUGAGGUCACUAGCGAUACCGAGUCUGUCAACGAACCUGUUGACCAAGAGUACGUCGCUACUGGAGAAGAUUUUGCAAGCUUUCGAUACGAUCGAUCCAGAGGCGCGUCUUCUACCAGCGAACUGUCCAAGCCAAACGAGCCUGAAGCUUCUCAGAAGCCAAGCGACGGUGUGAACCCUUCCUACCCAAUUCACCAUGCGAACGUAAACGAAGCAGCUAUGCAGGGUAUUCCAGGCGUGGGAGAACCUAUUACCGGAAUAGGCGAAAUUCAGACAAUGCAAUUCGGUAACGAAAUUCCCACGAACAACCAGCAAGGCUUUGCUAUAGGCAUUGACCAAGCCAUUUCCACGGACAACCAGCAAGGCUUUGCUUUGGGUAUUGACCAAGCCAUUCCCACGAACAACCAGCAAGGCUUUGCUUUGGGUAUUGAUCAAGCUAUUCCCCCAACAUUCACUCCACAAGUCGAGAUGGAUAACAUCGCGGGUCCAUCGUCCUGGACGGGAAAUCCUAUGGCUGGCGAGCAGUAUCAGGUGCCCCAACAGUUCCCGGAGGUAAACAGCUUUGACUUCAUCAACGACGGCAUGGAUCACCAUGCGCCUUUCGUUCCAGAUCUUCCACCUCAUCCAUUCCCAAACCAGUUCGGUCUCGAUCACAACUCUCAGCUGCCAUUUAUCGAGAUGGAUUCCGUUGACCCAGUCACAUUACUGGCCUUUGCUAUGCAGGAAGACGAGGACCAGACGCAGGCAGAGCCAUCGAACCAAGCAUUCGACUGGUCAUUUGAGUCUGAGGUUCCUCCCACUGCGCCAAACGAGGAAGAAUGCUUUGACGACCUUAUGCAGCAACUGACAACGGUUUGA